UUUUUUUGUGAAACAAAGAAACAGCAUUACGUGUAUUUAUUUAUUUUUAACAAGUACAGAAUCUCAUACUACCGGAAGCUUCAUUUAACAUUAUAUUCAGUUGCUCAAUAUAAUUUGGUUAAUUUGACAAUAAAAGACCAGAUUUAUAUCUCAAUUUGUGUGAUCACUCUGGUAGAUAUUGUCUUUUUUUCAUACGCAGAAAGGAUGUCUGCGGGGUGAGUCAUCACAUCAAUAGACGAUCUUUGUCGCUAGCUAAAGAGCUGCCGCUAAAGUGGAGACCGGACUGCGACCGUUCCUCGCUCCGGUAUGAUGCCAGGUGACAGCAACAUGACCUCCGUCAUUCAGAGAAUAACUCGGCAGGCUCUCGUCACCUUCAGGAGCCCGCCCCGGGUCGGCGAGGAGGCCGCUAAGUCUUUCCUGGAGAACCAGAGCAAACUGAAAAGUCUGAUGACGGAAGUGCGAGCGGCGGACCUGAAGCUGGCCCCGCGGAGAGGAGGAGGCGGCGACGGCAGCAGCAGCUCGCCCGGCGGCGUGUCCCCUCCGGUCACCUACAUGCACAUCUGCGAGACGGACCAGUUCAGCAUGGGGGUGUUUCUGCUGAAAAGCGGCGCCUCCAUCCCGCUGCACGACCACCCGGGCAUGCACGGCAUGCUCAAAGUCAUGUACGGCAAGGUCAGGAUCAGCUGCUUCGACCGUCUGGAGCGACCGGCCGGCGGCAGCGCGCAGGCAGCGGAGAUGGGCGCUCUGCGGCGCUCCGUGCUUCGCACCAUCGACGAGUACACGGAGGAGAGCGGUCCGUGUGUCCUCUCACCCGACCGGGACAACCUCCACCAGAUCGACGCCGUGGACGGCCCGACGGCGUUCAUGGACAUACUGGCCCCGCCGUACGAUCCGGACGACGGCAGAGACUGUCACUACUACAAGGUCCUGACAGAAGCGGAGGUUAAACACACAGAGCAGAAGGACAAGGAGGUCUUGCUCAUGGAGAUCUCACAGCCCCCGGAAUUCUGGUGCGGAGGGGAGCCCUACCCGGGCCCGGAGGUCUGCCUCUGAUCCAUCGGACUGACCUGCAGCCGCAAAAUGUCUCCUUUUUCUCGUACUGGUCUGGUUUAUGCACCCUGUAGUGGCACGAGGCCGGGGGCUUUUGGACUUGGUUGGACAAACCUCGCUCAGUAAAGGGUCAAUCUAAAUCAUGAAUGCACGUGAAGACUAUUGUGAACUGUUCCUGUAGAGAAACCACAGCACAACAUUAGCUCACCUUAUUGUAAGGUAUUGUAAACAGUGCUGUUUACAAUUGCAACUGUUGUUUUCCAAAGGUGAAAUAUAAUGACUCAAGUUUCCAUUUCACCUCGACAAAGAAUUGGAGCAUCCUGUUUGUACUGUGAUCCCUCUCUGUGUCUGUUUUAAGGAUAUUAUGAGCAGAGAAGUAGCUACAGGAGUUGAGUAAUUUUACUACAAUUAUAGUUUUCAGAUAUUUCUUUUACCCCCCCGAAAGGGAACGCAAUCAAUUUAUUUUGUGAUGCAUUUGUUUCUAGUCCCUAAUUCUCUGAUGUUAUCCAAGUCCAAGUUUGGCACUGUAGUCUCUAAAAUAUCUCCGAUCAAAUGGGAGAAGAUGUUUGACUCUGCAGGUGUAGAUGAUUGACAGCUGUAACAAGGGAAAGAGAGGACUUGUGAGGUGUUGAGGUCACAUGUUGUCACCUCUUUUAUCUCCUAAGACGUUCCAUCACACGCACUCGCUGGCUUUAUCUGAUGGAUUUAGUUUAAUUAAAGGUGGUAUCAUUGUGUGAACAUAUGAAAGGUUAAUAAACCCCAAAAGCACAAAAAUUGGAGGCCUCUGAGAGGUAUGUUUGCAGGAGAAAUGCCAAGAAAUGACAAAUUGAUGAUGUGCAGGGCUCUAAUGCUGCGUUCAAGAGGAGUCGGGAAGUCUGCUGCUUGCAUGUUUGGUCGAAGUUUGUGCUUCAAGUUUCGACUCUAAAAUGGAAAUUUGGAGAUGACUUCUGAUCACAUAGCAAUCAUUUUUUUAUAACCUUUUAAAUACACAACAUUUCAACUUUCAGUAUUGCAUGAAGUACUUGCUUUUGGCAGAAAGAUAAUAGUGUUUAUUAAUGAUGUGCAGUCAUACUAACAGUUGCCGUCUGUUGCAUGAGGCAUGCAUGCAUUAUUUUUCCCCACGCUGUAGCGCUGAAACAUAAUCUGAGUUAUAAUCUACUUGUUUGGACUUCCAGACUUCUGACUGCGUCUUGAAUGCAGCAUUAAUAAUAAGCGUGUCCCACCCUGAGCUGAGCUGAGUUGCCUCUGUGGAAGUUGCCCGAGACCAAAGAGGGACUUUAUGUGUCUAAUGUGUGUUUCUAAUCGUCUUCCUGCUUUGUGGCGUUUGUUCCAGUCGCAUUAACAAUUCAAUCUUCAGGUCUCUUUUCGAAGACUCAAAUAUAUCUGCCGGUUUAUUUUUGCAUUGUGUUUUAAAGCUAGAAACUGUGGAGCGACUUCUUUUUGUUUGAUCCUCAGGACUGUUUGUGAUUUGCAUAGCUGACUGAUCUUCAGGAGACUGUUUAAAGUGGACUAAAAGCUUCUCAGCACAAAGUGUGACUGUGUGUUACCACAUCUGAAAAAAGACAGGUUUUCAUGAAUGAAUCAGGAAUGCGAGGGUUUGAGUUUAUGAUCAUGUGUAUAGAAUGAAAAGUGAGCAAAGAAGUGAAGCUGAAAGUGACGACGUGGUUCAAUGAAGAGGUUUCAUUCAAGUUUGCACUACUGAAAAAUUAUGCUUUUCCUGAAACAAGUGGUUGCAAGACAGUAAAGCCCUCAUAGAUAAACUAAAAUCUCUGCAGAGUUUUGAAGAGUGGGACCGUUUGAAAUAUGAAGUCGUGCAUUUCGGAUAACUUUAAGAAAACUUGUGAGUUGCUGCAAAAUGUUGAUUUUUAAGAGCAGUGAAUAAGACUCGUGUGCUAAAUGUUGUAUCACCGUGGGAAUAAAGGCUGUAUAGGCGACACAUCUUCUCAUUAGCUCAACUCAACCGAGUCCAGAAUCUGAUUGUGGGUUAAAUGAUCGGCAACUGUAACGAUGUGUUUUGCCUGUAAUGAAGGUUUUCGUAUAAAAUGUGCUGUUUAUUUUUGCCUAAAAUACGUCUGUUUCAUUUGCGUCAAGAUGUGAUGAAGUGUGAAGAAAAAGCAACAUGAUGACUUCAGAUACAUUUUAUUUUAUUUGACAUGUUUUGACGAAGCUCCUCGUGGCGUUGCUCUGAAACAUGUUGACGCAGUGAAAUCUACUGAAUCAAGUUGACCUAUAUGUUAAUAAAAGGCACCGAGCGCUCCUUUAGCAGGUUGAUGAAGCUCCGUGUGACUGAAGGGGAAGUAGUUCUGUCUUUGUUAUGAGUUUAAAGAGUCUUAAAUGGAAAAAUGUCUUUGAAAUUGUCUUUUAAGUUACUAACUUUUGCAAAGAUACAUGCAAACUUCUCUGCAUACUGUCCAUAGACGUUGCAAA